AUGGAACGAGAUUUCCUCAGAAAAGAUGGCAAAGCAAAAGAAACGCCUCCGUUCUCAAAGCCAGAGGGAAGAAUCUGCACCUCGUUCAGUUGUGCAGAGCAACUCUCCCUCUCCGCCUCUUGUUUCAGAAUCAGGAAGAAGGACAAGGGGACAGGAAAACCGAUACGCCUGUUCCUAUCACUGAAACUCCGAGGCGUUGAUUCGACUGCUCCACAUUCAGCUGCUUACCUGUCAUUAGAGGGUGGAAGUUCGAAUGAACUCGAGACUGUGAUAGCUCGUUUCAAGGACUCAGGAUUCACUUACACUGGGUCAGAAGAGACUUUCAACGAUAUGGUCAGAGACCAUGUGAAGAGAAACUUUCCCCAGUGGAUGUAUGGUCUCCGUGACCAGAUUUUCAAGAAGUAUAAGGAUCUGAAUCAGAGAAUGAACCAUCCCCUACCGCAAAUUAGUCCAUCAAUUUGGAGGAAGAUGGUUCAGAAAUGGACUAACCCGAAUUGGGUGGAAAUGAGUGAUAAGAAUAAAGGGAAUCGGGAGAAGAGUGAGCUUGCAGCCACUGGCGGUUCAGCACCGUUGGCCAAGUACGACAUGAAGAGACGUUUCCAUGUGAAGAAGGACAAGAACUGGGUUUCGUCAAAAGCAAGAACCCUGCAUGAUGGAAUGAUACAAGCAGAGGCUGACAAGGUAUCCCAAGGGGAAGAACCAAACAAAUUUGCCAUCUAUCAAGAAGUGAUCGGACCAUAACGCCCAAAGCGUGUUCUAGGGAUGGGCCAUGGGGUGAGCUCGGUUGAUGUCUUCGGUCCCACAUCGAGUCAAGGUAGUCAGGAUUGCAGCAAGUGUUGUCAGGAGGAUCGAACCAAAGAAAGGGCAAAAAUUGAUGAGAAAAUGAAGAAGUUGGAGGAUGAGAUUGUAGAUGUGAGGAAUGCAGUUCCUCACAUUGUUGAAUCUGUCUUGCAGAGACUUGGAAUGCGGCUGCCCGAGUCAUUUGAUAUGGAUCUCAACAGUGAAGCAAAUGGGGAACAAGGUCGAGUUGGGGAAACUCAGGGUAACGAUGUGGCCGACGACGAGUCCGACGACGAGUCUGAUGAGGAGACUGCCGAGGAGACUGCUACUGAUGCAUGAAUUUCUUUUUAAUGCUAUCGUAGGAUUCUAAGUAUCGCUUGACUUUGGGAUAUUUUUUGUCAUUUUUGGAGGAUAUUUUGUCUUUUGAAGUUUGGAUGUUUGGUCGUAGCUGAUGGCUACUUGUUAGACAGUUUGAAAGUUAAUUUUGGAAAAUGCAUAACUUUGUUUGGAUGAUUUGUUUGUGUUGUCAUCACUAGAAGUAUAAUGGCAU